AGUGGAAGAUGGAGGGAGGUAAAUGACAGUGUAGACGUUUGGGAAAUCGAUCGCUGGACAUCACAGUAUCAUUUGUCAGUCACAGUUGCAAGUAAAUUGUUAGAAAUUGUUAGAUAAUUACAUUAGUAUUGUAUCACCGAUAAGCACGACAGUUUUGGUCAUUUUUAAACGUUAGCAUUAACACAACAUCCAAGUAUGGAGGCUAGCACAGAGCGUAAUCCACCGCCAUUCCCUGAUCCAAUGGACCGAGAAACAAAUUCGAAUAAAUUAGAGGAGGAAAGUGACGACGAGGGUGAAGACAUUUUUACUGGCAAUAUGAAAUCCACCUCUGGCACCCCAGUAAACCAGAUGCCAACCGACAUCUUCACUGAGGAAGGAUCAGGCACAACUGUACAGUCCCACAGAGUGCUCCAGCAGGAUGCGAAUGGUCUACGUUCUGAUGAUGAGCAAGACUUGUUUGCAGAGGCAACUGUGGAGCUGUCCAUAGACAAGGUUAACAACAGAGAAAGAAAAGAAGUGACAAGGCCAAGCUCUUCUGUACAGGACAUUUCUUCCAAGUCUAGUGCGACAAAUAAGUCCUUGGAAGAGUGGGAAGAGGAAGAGAGCAGAGACAAGUUUGAAUUAAAUAUUGCUGUGACUAAUCCUGAGAAAGUUGGAGAUGGCAUGAAUGCUUACAUGGCCUAUAAAGUGUCCACUCAGACCACUCUACCAAUGUUCAAGAGCACAACAUUUUCUGUGAGGAGAAGAUUUAGUGAUUUCCUGGGACUGUCUGAGAAACUUUCGGAGAAGCAUUCACACCAUGGGUAUAUUGUGCCACCACCCCCAGAGAAGAGUGUUGUAGGAAUGACUAAAGUGAAAGUGGGAAAGGAAGAUAACUCCUCAGCAGAGUUUGUCGAGAGGCGGAGAGCAGCACUGGAGAGGUACCUGAAGAGAGUGGUUUCACACCAGACCUUGCUGCAAGACCCAGAUGUCAGGGAGUUUUUAGAGAAAGAUGAGUUACCAAGGGCAGUGAGUACGCAAGCAUUGAGUGGAGCCGGCUUCUUAAAGAUGAUCAACAAGGCAUCAGAUGCAGUUAACAAAAUGACAAUCAAGAUGAAUGAGUCAGACAAUUGGUUUGAGGAAAAGUUUCAGGAGGUAGAGAAUGAGGAGCAGCAACUUAGAAAGCUUCAUACAGUGGUGGAUGCUCUUGUCAAUCACAGAAAAGAAUUGUGUGUGAACACGGCUGUGUUUGCAAAGAGUAUGGCAAUGCUGGGAACCUCUGAGGACAACACUGCAUUAUCCAGAGCUCUGUCCCAGCUAGCAGAAGUGGAAGACAAAAUGGAGCAACUGCACCAGGAGCAGGCCUGCAGCGACUUCUUUCUCUUUGCAGAACUGCUAGCCGACUACAUACGACUACUAGGAGCCGUGCGGAAUUCAUUUGACCACCGAAUGAAGACUUGGCAGAAGUGGCAGGAUGCACAGAACACUCUACAAAAGAAGCGGGAAGUUGAGGCAAAACUUUUGUGGGCUAACAAGCCAGACAAAUUACAUCAAGCAAAAGAGGAGAUUACAGAGUGGGAGGCUAAAGUCACCCAAUAUGAGAGAGACUUUGAGAGGAUCUGCACGACAGUUCGUCAAGAGGUUCUCAGGUUUGAGAAAGAAAAGGCAAGGGAUUUCAAAAUCCACAUUAUUAAGUAUCUAGAGUCUCUCCUACUCUCUCAACAAAGGAUCAUCAAGUACUGGGAGGCAUUCCUACCUGAGGCAAAGGCAAUUGUAUGAAUGAAAGCACUACCAAGAAGAGACGCUUUGAACACACUUGACAUAACAACUUGAACAUGACAGAAACCUCUUUUGAAACCUGUCAUUUCUUUGGUAGUUCUAUGGUGUUGCUCAUGUCUGUACUUUAAUUUUCCAGGUUACUCAGUUUCUAUGCCUUAGAGGGAAUUAAUACACAAAAAGAACUGUUUUUGGCUCCCCACUGUGUGUAUAUACAAGAGCUGGAAAGAGCCAAGAUACAAGAAUGGUUUUCAAACGUGUGGUCAAGCAGAAGAUUGUAUUGCAGCAAAUAAUCUGUACAAGCUGACAACAGCUCCUGUGUUACCAAACAAAGAACAUUUGGCUUGGGGAGCAAAUCACAUACAGUACCUUUUAAAUAUUUUGAUUCCACCUUUGAUUCAGCAAAAGACAGUUGAAGUUGAUUUCCAUAAAGUAAACGUAAUGGUAGUGUUGACAUUGUGUUUUCAAGCUCUGCUCUAUUUCAGACUGCAAAUACGUGAUCUAACCAGCUACGGGUGUCUGAUUUCUGCAGACUGGGUGUUCACCUGUUCUGCAGCUCAGUUACAUUCCUUGUGUACUUUCUUAUAAGAACAGGAGUAUUAUUCAUAAUAAAAUUAUACAUUUUA